AGGUCCAAUUUUCUCGCUGGAUUGAAGUCAUUUUCUCACUGGAUUGAAGUCAUUUUCUCUAACAUUCACAUUUGUUUAUGCUCUCAAUCAGAUAUCCCUGGACGAUAAGAAUCAGGCAUAUUUGUGUACUUUGGCGCGUAAAAAUAGAAAUUGAGUUACAAAGGUUUUAAAAAGUUGGCAGUUGUAAAGUCUGUCAGGUUGUAGUUCAAGUCGAACGAUACACCGUUAUUUAUCGGCCAUAAGCCGUCAUUGUAACAGGUUAGUAACAGCGUUUUGUUGGUUGCUGACCCCCUUCAGAUGUUCACUGUGAAGUGAUUGAAGAGCAGAUUGACGCCUCUACCAACUACAAGUACAUUGUUUUUUGGUUUUGUUUUUUUUUCUGAUGAGAUGAUAAAUCCUGAGUAAAAGUAAACACAACACUAACUUGAACAGGGAGAAAAUGCUGCCUCGUACGGUGAGUAAAACUUUGGUUUUACCAUUUGAAGACAAAAAUGUGAAGGUAAUUAAUAACCUGGUGCCAGUUGUGCAAAUCUUCUUCAGACAAUUCAGCAAGUGUAGACUGUACUCCUCAUCAGACAUCCACUUGCAACCACAAAGAAGCAAUCUGUACGUGGACAAUCUCCCUUCUGCCUUCAUACCAGCCUUUGCAGGACACAGUGCAGAAGAUGUAGCUAAACUGCAGGAGUUUGUGCAGGCUAGUCAUCGAUUGUUUAUCAUAACAGGUGCAGGCUUGUCUACAGAGAGCGGAAUUCCAGACUAUCGCUCUGAGGGGGUAGGUUUAUAUGCCCGUAGCAACCACCGACCAAUCAACUACCAAGAUUUCCUGAAGAGUGCCAAAACUCGGCAAAGAUACUGGGCCAGAAAUUUCACUGGGUGGUCGAGGUAUUCGUCCUUCCAGCCUAACCUGGCACAUGUCACACUAAGCCGCUGGGAAGCUGCAGGAAAGUCUCACUGGCUUGUGACACAAAAUGUGGAUGGUCUGCACAUAAAAGCGGGCAGUGUAAACUUGACUGAACUUCAUGGUAGCUUGUACAGAGUUGUUUGUCUCUCUUGUAAGAGUAAAAUGAGACGACAUAAACUGCAGACAAUCUUGGAGUCACUCAAUCCGCAUUGGAAGAAAGAAUGUGUAGAGAUAGCCCCAGAUGGAGAUGUCCAGCUGACCCAAGAGCAGGUGGAAGGAUUUGUGGUUCCACCCUGUGCAGAAUGUGGUGGGAUAUUAAAACCUGACAUAGUGUUUUUUGGAGACAAUGUUGCCAAAGCCACAGUGCAGCUGCUGUUCAACAAACUGCAAGAGAGUGACUCCGUCCUGGUCCUGGGAUCAUCUCUACAGGUGUACUCUGCCUACAGAUUCCUGGCACGGGCCAGAGACAGGGGAAUCCCCAUGGCUGUGGUGAACAUUGGGCCAACCAGAGCAGAUGCCAUCGCUGACCUCAAAAUUGAUGCAAAAUGCAGUGAGAUUUUACGAGACAUUCAAGUUCACUGACAGAGUCUGUGAUAAUAAGAGAAUUUGUAUUCAAAAAAAGGUGUUUGAUAUUUUUUGGUCAAACUUUAAAUAUGUAGCCAUGUGCAUAGUAACUGGCUCCAUCUAACAUGAUGUCACAGGAUGAAAAUGGUUAAAUGCCUUGAGGAUUAUUAGAACUGGCUCCAUCUAACAUGAUGUCACAGGAUGAAAAUGGUGAAAUGCCUUGAGGAUUAUUAGAACUGGCUCCAUCUAACAUGAUGUCACAGGAUGAAAAUGGUUAAAUGCCUUGAAGAUUAUUAGAACUGGCUCCAUCUAACAUGAUGUCACAGGUUGAAAAUGGUGAAAUGCCUUGAGGAUUAUUAGAACUGGCUCCAUCUAACAUGAUAUCACAGGAUGAAAAUGGUGAAAUGCCUUGAUUAUUAUUAGAACUGGCUCCAUCUAACAUGACAUCACAGGAUGAAAAUGGUGAAAUGCCUUGAGGAUUAUUAGAACUGGCUCCAUCUAACAUGAUAUCACAGGAUGAAAAUGGUGAAAAUGCCUUGAGGAUUAUUAAAACUGUUUCCAUCUAACACGAUAUCACAGGAUGAAAAUGGUGAAAUGCCUUGAGGAUUAUUAGAACUGGCUCCAUCUAACAUGAUAUCACAGGAUGAAAAUGGUGAAAUGCCUGGAGGAUUAUUAGAACUGGCUCCUUCUAACAUGAUAUCACAGGAUGAAAAUGGUGAAAUGCCUUGAGGAUUAUUAGAACUGGCUCCAUCUAACAUGAUAUCACAGGAUGAAAAUGGUUAAAUGCCUUGAUUAUUAUUAGAACUGGCUCCUUCUAGCAUGAUAUCACAGGAUGAAAAUGGUGAAAUGCCUUGAGGAUUAUUAGAACUGGCUCCAUCUAACACGAUAUCACAGGAUGAAAAUGGUGAAAUGCCUAGAGGAUUAUUAAAACUGGCUCCAUCUAAUAUGAUAUCACAGCUAUUAUGGAUUAUUAACAUUGACACCAUGGUUUGAGGAUUGUGAAAUCAACCAAAGCUAUCUUAAAGGAAUACAGAAUCUCUUCUGAUUCACUGGUGGAAGAUAUAGACAAGUCCAGACUGUGCUUUGUUUAAGCUGAAUUUUUAGUAUGGCAGAUUUAUUUAAGCAUGAACAAAGCUGCAGAGUUUAACCCAGGAAUCCUAUCUCCACUGUCAAAGAAUCAGUUACGAUUCUGUAUCCCUUUAAUACUUGAUAUAACACAUAUGGUUUUAAUAGAUGAAGGCCUUGUAGGAGCAAUAAGAAGUAUAUCAACAAUUCUGAUGUUUACAUUACACCAUAGGUCAUUGGUUUGGGUACUUUUUUCUCCACUCAUGACGCCAACUGACCAUACAUAAGUGAAACGGUGUAACAUUUUACAAAAAUCA